GCAGUUCAAGAUUUGAUGGCACUUCAGUUAAUGAAGGAGAGAGGAAUUUCUCCAUGGAUUGGCCCAAGCGAUAAGGCAACUUCUUCUGAAAGAGCAAUUAUUGAGCAAGCAAGAUUAGAACCAAUCGAAUAUGAUAAGACCUCUGGUGGUGGAGCUAUUACCGCGUUUAGUGGUGGAGGAUCAUCAUAUACACCUCCUGGUGGCGGAGGACCUAGUGGAGUUUCGCCAUCUGGAACAACAAUGGCAUCGUUGUCAGAUUAUAAAAUUGGAAGUGGGAUUGCCACACUCACUGGUGGUAAGACAGGAGUUGCUGGUCGAUCUCCAUCUGGAACAACAUUUGCAUCAUUACAAGGUAAGAAAUCAUUCCAAUCACCUCCAGGACCCCCACCAACCUCUUCUCCUCCUACUGGUGGUCCAAUGCCUGGAGGAUCUCAACAAGGUUCUUCUGCUAAUAGUGCUUCCAAGAUGAAGAGCAAUGCAAAUAAUUUCCCAGAACUCGAUGCAAAUGCAAUGAUUUCUAUGGAAAAAGUCAAAGUCUUAGGUCUGACAUUAGCAUAA